AUGUCCUUAGCAGCAUCUGGAGUAUUACUUCAUUUAGGUUUGUCAUCGCGACACUUGUCGUCUCUGCUCCAAUCUGUGUAUACAUCAAUGCUGACUGAGGAAAACCCGAAGAAUGCCAGGUUCUCUCCAGAAUACAGACAAUGCCAUAGAAAAGAUCCCAAGGACCAAACCGCAGGAACCGAAGAUUAUGACAGAGCUUUGAGGAUACUCGUCAAACGGCGCCGGGCUGUCCAGAUGGCCCGGCCUUUCCAGCUGCUGGAGGUCUCUAGAGAAGCUGUUCACUUUACAUAUGCAAAUGGCGCCGUGUGUUAUACUACAAAGCAAACUUCACCCGCUCAUCAACACCGUCUGCGAAUCCUGUCUCUGAAGGGACCGUCUGCCAAAGAAGUGAGCACAGACAUUAUUCAGCUGAUAGAGGCUUCCGCCAUACCAGACUUCGAGGAGAGUCGGCCGUAUCAGUUCAAGCCACUGUAUCACGCACACGGCAUAGUUUCAUGCUUAUACGAGCAGAGGAAGCCUCCUGCUACUGGCCGCUGGUUAAUCAUAUAUAGCAUGAAAGAUGACAAGAUACUGAGCUCCCACCCUCUGCGAUCGAGUUCGAAUAUCUUUGUUCGCAACAACGACAGAUAUCUCUAUUAUGGCACAAUGUCCGAACUAGUGGAGGGACAGCGACGAUGGUUGAUUUGCGGGUUCAAUUUGGCAGAGUCAAAGUGGUUACCUCGACGAUUCAUCCUUCGGGAUCUGGUUGGCUCUGAUAUUGGAUCGGCGAUAUGCUUCGAACUCUUUGACGACCAUCUCUAUGGCGUUUCGAGCCAGGAGGUGGCCGAACUGGACGACGUCGAAUGGGGCUCGCCAGGGAGCCCGCUCAACUCAUUCUACUACGCCUUUCAGCUCCCUCUGGGAGAUGAUCCUACCAUCAGAGUCUUGCCGAGAUCUGCCCUGUGGCGGCGAGGUGCUACAGAUGGCCCAAUCGACGACCGCUGGAACCAACUUCAGCUCGCACAAGACGAGAAAACCGGCCAAGUGUCCAUUUUUGAAACUCGAAAGGAGUGGCUCACAUCAUGGAGUCGACGAUCCUGUUACCGAAAGCAGCUGUUUUGGCCCUCUUUCUGCGAGAAUGCAUGUACCGACGGGCAUCCCGAAGACAAGCACUGCAAUGGUUGGAACGCCGUGCCUCCCAAAGAAAUGGAUGUGGGGAACAGCGUUCAUUAUGGUGACAACGGCUUCUGCGCUUCAACCUUCGAUUUCCGCAACUCUCCGGUUCGUUCUUACAAUUCAAGCUGCCAAGCCUUUGUGGACAUUGUAAGCACAACCACGGCUUCGAGCCCGGCAGCCAAGCGGUUGCGGUUGCGGGUCAGAAGCCGGCCGCAUGAGCCGUGUCCAACUCUGGAAUCAUGCGAGCCUCCAUCAUCACCGAACGGAGUGGCCGAUGCUGCCAAGGACUUGGAAGACCAACACGUCAGACUCUGGCCGGUGGAGCAAGUGCAACAAGACGAGCAUCGCAGCUGGUCUGCAGAGCUGCCCUGGAACCAAUACGUCGACGAGCUCCUAAAUCCCAAGGCCUACUUUGACGAAAUCGACUCGGCAAUGGACGAGAGUAUCAUUGUUUACUCUCCCAAAACAAUAUACCCCCCUGAUGAGCCACGGUCCAUCAUCCUCGUUUCGUUUGAUCCGAGCCUGCAUUUUGAGGGGCUGCGCCAUGUAAGCUCGACACCGCCAUCUUCAACAGAUGGCCAGCUGAACAAGGGCGACACGCCUCUGAGCUUUCCCGAGGGCGGGCAGGAAUCUACGAAAAGCUGGCAAGAAAUGCCGAGAAUUCGUGGUCUGGACCUUUCUCGAUUUCCCAAGAGAAGUGAGAGGACGACCCAUGCGACCUCCGCCUCGUCACCGAAGAGCAUCUAG